AUGGCCUCAAACGGCACUCAGGGCAGCGAUGCCAUUCAAAAUCCCGCUCCUCAGAGCGACAAGCCCGUUCCUCAGAAUGUGGCAAACGUUUCUGGUGGUAAUAGUGGCCGUGGUCGUGGCCAAGGUGUCUUUGGUGCUCCGCGUGGCCCCUUCUCAGGUGGCCAGAUCACCCCUCAUGCCUCCAGGUUGGGAGUCCAAGACUUUGGAGCUGGUCGGUAUACUGCCAACCAGCCUAACUACAAUGCCGACACCUCCCGCCGAGCUGAAGCCAGGCGCCAGGCCUGGGCUAGGACUAUAACGUUCACAGCCGAAGAUCUCAAUGAGCCAGAGCCUAAGCAGGCUAUCGUCGAGGACGUCAACGAUAAUAACCAGUUGCGUGCAGAAAAUGAACUUCUCAGUGGUCAACUUGAACGUAUCCGCAUAGAAAGGGACGCAGCUGUCAACAAAUUGAGAGAGAAUGAGUGCAUUUGGCUUGACAGCCUGAAGCAGGUACAAGACCAGCUGUCCAAGGCGCACGACAAGAUUCAUUCUCUUGAACGUGAAAAGGCUAGAUUGGAAUCUUACCAGCGCGGAUAUCAAACCGAUAUCCAAGUUACGCGGACAGUGGCCGACAAAAUCGAAAGGGAGUUGUCCGAGACAACCAACAGGCUAUACGCCGCCUUGGGAGAGAUUUCUUCUCUUGAAAUGAAGAUUGCUUCUCUUAAAAGAAGUCAAGGCCGAAACUAA